UUGCAUUAUUAUGCACCUAGUCGGCGUUGCAUUUUCUAUGUCGUUUAGUACAUUUUUAAGAAGAUCAUUGAGGUGGUCGAAAGGUUGUUAAAUUGUCAAUCCAACGUAUGUGGUUCCAUUUGGCGGCCAGAGAAUAAUGGAUUUUGAUUAGUAUGAAAACGUCUAUAUAUACAUAAAUGAUAAGCCCUCACAAAAUGUUUCUCAGUGUACGUAUUCAUUAAUAGAUUCAAUUUGUUUUGUAUAUCACAAUUGAUAAGUAGUGAACUCUCCGAACAUGCUAUGCAAAAUCAACGAGCAUACUUGAGAUAAAUAAAAUGGACACACCAAUAGAUAAGAGAAGCUAAAUGGUUAAUAUUUAAUAUCGACAAGUCAAUAAUUUUGGGUGCUUCGAUCAAAAGUUGCACAGAAGAAGGCCUGUCAUCUCAAAAUGCAGGUCAUCGCCCCUUUUCUGUUCCUGGCACUAUGUGCAACAAUUGCUAUCUGCUCCGAGAAUGAGCACUAUUUUCUAACAAGGUAAUGCCCCUUCACAUACUUCAUUGACCUCCAGUAUUUCGAGACCUUACACCCAUCAAACAAUGGUGGUAUGGGAUAUUAUGAGAGGAAAAGCUUUGUUUCACUUUCAUCCAAGGACUCUUUGGAACCAAGUGCAGCUAGUUUGGGACCACAUACCUCAAGAAAACAUCAAUCACGUCCUCAAAGGCAUACCCUGGCGACUGGACAAAUGUAUAGAUGGCCUAGAAAGAGUUAGGGAUACCCUGAAGCAACUUGAAGUUGGAGAAAAAUUACCACGUAGUAUCUACAAAGAUACCAUAGCUAAAUUGAGCAAUGAAAAAUUCUGCCAGGCAUGCCAUGAAGUGGUGAAAGCGAUCAUCAAACAAAGAAAAAUGGGAUCUAGCAAGGACAGCAUGAAUGACUUUUUGCGUAAAAUGUGCAACUUAUAUACAGAGUACGGUACUACUGCCUGUAAGGGCUAUACAGAAAUAAACUUAGACGUUAUCCUGUACAUAAUCGACAACAAACAUGAUCUAACUCCGGAGAGGGUUUGUGCCAUUUUCCAUCAGGCAAAAAAAUGUGUAGAUCCAAAAGCGAAGAAGUGGAUAAUUGAUAUUCCACCAGCAUCACACAAUGAAAACAGCGAUGAACAGAAUGAAGUACCUAUCUAUAAAAUCUGGAACGUUUUGCAAAUUACCGAUGUUCACUAUGACCCGUUAUACAAGGAAAAUACUCAGUCAGUCUGUAACAAACCUCUUUGCUGUCAAGACGGGACCCCUACAAAGCCUGAAGAGGCAGCUGGAAAAUGGGGUGACUACCACGUUUGUGAUUCACCACCAAGGCUCUUCAGCAGCUUAUAUGAGCGGGUCAAGAGUAAGCACUUAGACAGCCUCGAUGCUGUGUAUUUUACUGGAGACAUUAUAAGCCAUAAGUCAUGGAGUACCUCGAAAGCCUCCAACAUAGCUGAUAUCAAAGGAUUCUACAAAGCUCUUUAUGACACGUUCAAAGGAAAAGGGGUAUUUCCUAUCCUGGGUAACCACGAGGGUCAUCCAGUUGAUUGUCUUUCUCCCGAAAGUGUUACCGACAGCAACUUGUCAACGAAAUGGCUCUUUGAAGAAGCCUGGAAUGCUUGGUCUAAGUGGCUGCCAGGAGGCGCUGAAAAAACAGUUAAACAUGCUGGAUACUAUUCUGUUCUAGUGAAACCUGGAUUCCGGAUCAUUGGUAUCAACAGCAAUUUCUGUUUCGUGCACAACCUAUGGUUGUUCUAUGAGGAUGAAGAUCCCUACGGCCAGUUAGCUUGGCUGGUUCAGGAACUGUUAAAGGCAGAAAAGAACCAUGAAAAGGUGCACAUUCUCUCACAUGUACCUUCAGGUCAUGAACUCUGCCAUCUGCAAUGGAGUAAGAAUUAUCGUAUGAUUGUAGAAAGGUUCAAUGAUACAAUUGGGGCCCAGUUUAAUGGCCAUACUCAUAUUGACGAAAUUGAAGUUUUCUAUCCAGAAGGGGCCGAAACUGCUGUAAAUGUUGCAUUUAAUGGAGGAAGCCUAACUCCGUUUAUUGGCAACAAUCCUAACUACAAAAUGUAUCAGAUAAAACUAUCAGAUGCUACUGUCCAGGACUACCAAACUUACACCUUCAACAUGACGGAAGCAAAUAAGGAUUCUUCGCCAGAAUGGUACGAGCUUUACUCCUUCAAACAAGCGUACGGUCUACAAGAUUUGAGUAAAAAAAGCCUUACUGAAUUUGUGCAAAAGCUCAAUGAAGACAAAACGCUACAGCAAAAAUAUUUCGAGUUCACAAUCAGAAACAGUGAUAUGCUUGUCAACGCAGGAUGCGAUGAUAAGUGUAUGAAAACACUGACUUGUAAAGUCACAGCUGUUGAAGCAGGAGAUGCCCUAGACAAAUGUUAUGAAAAUUUAUAAAAAUAAUUGUUAAAUAAAUUUGAAUCAUUAAUAAUGUUUUUGCAGUUUUGCUAAA